CGUCCUCAACCUUCCUCAUCUUGGAAAUCACAGCAAUCUGAUAUUGUGCUCUCUGGCAGAGUACCGCAUAUACAGUUGUCGCUUACACUCUCAGUACCUGCGUACCAGUGCCCCACAGCGUCGUGCAUCGGAUCAGCUUCUGCAAUUUCUCUCGAUCAAGUACCUGCUCGUCUUCGAACUCGAGACUCGGCGAUGGCUCUGACACGCGGAUCUGGAAGUUCCAUCUUUGAUCCCUUCUUCGGGAACAGCAUCUUCGACCCGUUCGAGAAUUUCCCACUUUUCGAUCGUAUGCCUCUCCCGACUUUCCCGCGUGAUGUGAGUUCGGUGGCCAACACUCGAGUGGACUGGGUCGAAACUCCUGAAGCCCACGUAUUCAAAGCAGAUCUCCCUGGGUUGAAAAAAGAGGAGGUAAAAGUGCAAGUUACGGAAGAUAAGUACCUCAGCAUCAGCGGAGAGCGCAGCAAAGAGGAAGUGAAUGAGAAGGAUUCGUAUCGGCACGUCGAGCGUUCUUACGGAAAAUUCUACAGACAGUUCAAGCUGCCGGAGAACGCAAAGGCGCAGGAGGUUGGUGCCAAAAUGGAGAAUGGUGUUCUGACCGUCACCGUGCCAAAAGCUGAGGUUACGAAGGAAAAGUCAAAAGUGCGAGAUGUCCAGAUCACGAAUUGAAAGUGAAGAUCCGAGGAAGAACAAUUGGACGAACUCGACGGAUCGUGCUUAUCUUGUUUUCAGACUCAGAGAAGUAGAGCGUCUCGAUGCAUAAGAGAAAGAGUAAUCGUUUUGUAAAGUCUGGACGAAUGUCUAAUACCUCAAUCUUGAGCCGGAACGGUAGAUUUGAGACUAAGUAGCAGGGCCUUCAAAUGUAGUGUAACAAGUCGAAAAUAGAAUCGGUGGGAGAUAACUGGAUGAACGAUUUGUGAGACAGCUGUCUCGGAAUGAUAGAACGAACGACACAGUCGCUUCUUCGGCAGAUGCUGUGUGCUUAGGUUUGCACCAAAAUCGCUGGCUGUUUAUCCCCAUCAAUAUGCAUUAAGCCUUUAACGAGAAUUCCUAGCAAUAAAGAGAAGUUACCUGACA